AGAGGAGGAGGAGGAGGGAGGGGGUUUUAAUGAAAAAUCUGCCCUUUUUCUCCUUCCUACUAUUACUCCUCCUGAACUACCCAACCCCUUGAGGAGGAGGAGGAGGAGCAGAAAGCACCAGUCUUUCUCUUUCUCUUUCCCUUUUGCUGCUGCCGGCGAAGACGGCGGCGAUCUGAGCGCCGGGUUGACGGCGGCGCCGCGGGGGAGGCGCCAUGGCGAGGAAGCACGGAUGGCAGCUCCCCGCCCACACCUUGCAGAUUGUUGCAAUUGUGGUAUUCUUCCUUCUGGUGGUCGCGUUCUAUGCGUUCUUUGCACCAUUUCUUGGAAAGCAAAUCCUUGAGUAUGUUGCUAUAGGUGUUUAUACCCCUGUGGCAUUUGCUGUUUUCAUCCUUUACAUCCGGUGCACUAGCAUUAACCCUGCUGAUCCUGGGAUCAUGUCAAAGUUUGAGGAUGGCUUUAUUAAUGUACCAGCCAACAGUGAUGGGCUGCAAGGCAUAAAUUUGCCCCAGAAAGGCAAUAGCACAAUCGGCACACAGUCUCCAACAUCUACUUGUAGAAGCUCUCUUGAUGGUCAUUCUAAUCAGCGAGGUUUGUCUACAAGGGACGCAAACGUAAAUCUGAGCUCACAGCUGCCGAAAAAAAGAUCAAGCUGUUACUUUCUUGGUGGGCUUCUGUGUGCUUUAUUUGUCAUGGAGGAUUGCCGGAAGCCUGAUGAGUCAGAACAAGCAGCUAAUGGUGAAGAAGCUUUGUUUUGCACAUUAUGCAAUGCCGAGGUUCGCAAAUUCAGUAAACACUGCAGAAGUUGUGACAAAUGUGUUGAUGGAUUUGAUCAUCAUUGUCGGUGGCUAAAUAACUGUGUUGGACGGAAGAACUAUUUCACGUUCAUUUCACUUAUGGCAAUCAGUUUAUUCUGGCUUGCAAUUGAAUUUGGAGUGGGCAUUGCUGUUAUUGUACUAUGCUUUGUUGAUAAGAAUGCAUUGAGCAACAUUCAGGACAAGCUUGGGAAUGGCAUGACUCGUGCUCCAUUUGCUGUUAUAGUGGGUUUAUUUACACUUCUUUCGUUAGUUGCCUGCAUACCUUUAGGGGAACUUUUCUUCUUCCACAUGAUACUGAUAAGAAAGGGGAUCACAACCUACGACUAUGUUGUGGCAAUGAGAGCUAUGAGCGAGGCAGCACCAGAGGAUGAUGAAGAAGCACAUAUCACCUACUCACCAUCAAAUUCAGCAACAACAGGAUUCAGUGUUGGAAGCUCACUUGGCCUCCACCACAAGGGUGCUUGGUGCACACCUCCAAGAAUAUUUAUUGAUCAGGAUGAAGUGAUUCCACAUUUGGACCCUGGGAUGGUACCUUCAACGGUUGAUCCUGAUGCUGCUGGAUAUGCCGAAAGAGCAAACAAAUCUAAGAAGCCUGUCAAAAUCAGUGCCCGGAGCCUUGCAAAGCUAGAUAGAAAUGAGGUUAUGAAAGCUGCAGCAAAAGCUCGGGCAUCAUCCUCUGUUCUCCGACCAGUAGACGCUCGCCGUGGUCAUGAAGGUGAUCUUAGCUCCAGCGGAAAUGCCAGUGUUAGGAGUAGCAUGAGUGUUGACUACAGCGGCACAAAGGAAUCAAGAGGUGAGAUGAGACUGUCUCCUCUUCAGAACUCAUACCCCCAAAGCCUUGCAAGCCAGGAUGACUACGAGACUGGCACACAGACUGCAAGCAGUUUGAGCAGCCCGGUUCACAUCCACAAGCUUGCCUCUCAUUCUCAGUUUCAUGCACCUCCUCAUCAACCUCCACCCCCUGAAAGGCCUGUGCCGGGGAUAGUGCCAGGGAUAGUGCGGCCGCCUGUUCCUACCACACAGAUAACCAACCCAAUGUUCCAGUCAGCCACAUCUUAUGUUCGGGAGAACCGGAGAGCCUCUGUUGUCUGGGACCAGGAGGCUGGUCGGUAUGUUUCAGUGCCUGCGCAGACAAGGGCAGUUCCUGGUCUUGAUCUGCCAGCAAGAACCCCGCGUUUCUUGGCAAAUCCAACUGGUGAGUCAAGCAACCAUGGGAAAAAUCUUGCACCUGCAAACGCUUCUUCCUCGGCAAUAUCAUCAGGGCAGCCAUCUGAGAGAUUGACGUACACUGGGCAGUCGAUAUUCUUUGGCGGGCCAAUUCUGAGCACCUCAGGUACGAACGCUCAGAGGAGCGAAGCGGGCACAAGAGCACGACCUGAUGGAAGUAGUGAUCCUCCUAAUGCCUUCCAGCGUGAUACCCGGGGCGAGAGAGCACGCACGGGCUCCUUCCCGGUGUUUGCUCCUGGGACUUUUCAGAAGAACCCACCAUUUGACAAGUGAUUUCCUGUUCUUGAUGUCAUCUCUGCUCAAGAGCUUCCAUGACAAUAGAAUGAAUGAUGCAUCUGCACUUGGAUAGUUCAGAUCAGUUGAAGAGGCUGCCUCUUCUGGUGCAGCCACAAGAAGUAGCAAAAAACAGAGAGAGAGAGGAUGAUUUUUAGAAUACUUUAGAGAAGGUUGCUCAAGGACUAACUUUGUUCAAUGUUCAGAGAGUGACAUUCACUGACUGGUGCGCGUGUGUUUUGUUUGCGUGCGUGUUAGGAAUUCAGAAAUUUGAUUCGUGACAGGUGGUAGGAGAGCUAAUUGUUCCUGAUAUGAAAUGUUGAUCAUCUCCCUCCAGUUGGGCUUCGUGCGCGCUGGAGAUGUUUGGAGUGUUCUUUGCAGUUGCUGUUUAUUCAUCUUGGCCAAGUGCCUGUCCCUUCU